AUUUUGAUUUAUCUUUCAUCUUGUUCACAUGGAAUUCGACGCGCCUACGUUUUUGGAAGCCCCGGUGUCCCAAGACAUGUCCAAGCCGAUCGUCGCCACGUCGGCGUUGACGGCUGGCCAAGUGAUCUUUGCCGAAGCGGCGACGGUCGCAUCCGCCGGCGGCAUGGAGCCCGAGCAAGGGUUCCACGAAGAGGACUGCGAAGAUGAAGAAUGCGACGGCUGUGCCGCCAUCGAUGAGUCCGACGACGCGCUUGAGGACGUGCUUGACGAAUCCGAGCACGACGAAGUGAGCGCUUAUGUGGUGGCGCAUUUCUCCGAGCUCACGGCAGCAUGCGAGUCGUUCGAGGCGCUGGGCGCCUCCGAAGUCCGCAAGAACCUGUUCAAGGUCUUCCACUUGAUCGAAGUGGAUGCGAAAGCCAUCGACAGCUUCCUAUCCCUCGACGUAGUCGCCGACGAUGUGGCCGCGACGCUGGACGCCGCGACGGGCCUCCGCGACGCACACCCGUCCGCUAUUCCCACCAGCCUCACCACAGACCAAGUCGCGCACCUCAUUGGAGUCCUCCAUAAGCAUAGCAUUCCCCUCGAAGACAUUGGCGGGUCCGGGCUGUUCUUCUUCGUGUCCAAGCUCAAGCACAGCUGCACCCCCAACGCUUCGUACACGGACGCCGGCGAUGCCAUCUGGGUCACUGCCAUCCAGCCCAUUGCCGUCGGCGAACAAAUCACCGUCGACUUCUUCGAUACGCACUACAUGUGCGCCGCCGAGCGCAAGCAAGUGCUGACCGAAGAAGGCCACGCGUGUGCAUGCGGGGUGUGCUCGGGCACCGCGCCGGAUCUCACGCGCGGGUUCAAGUGCCAAGUGCCAACUUGCCCAACCGGAAUUGUCCACCCGACAAACAGCGAUGUAUUUGCGUGCACGACCUGCGACACUGUGUGGGAUGCCGCGACGGUCGCUGCCGCCGUCAAGGCUGAAGACACCCUACUGACCGAGCUCGAAGUGGACAGCGUCGAACAGAUGCUCGAGCUGGUCCAAAACUCGCCCCUGCAUCCGUUCCACCAUAUCUUUUACUCGGCGCUGGCUGUGUUGUUGGAAGACUCUGUCGCAGAGCAAAACAUGACCGAGCCCCAAGCUUUAGCGCUCAUGACCAUCCAAGCCGACGCGCUCAACUACGUCGUGCCUUUUCCGCAUUCGGAAAAGGUGUCUGUCUAUGACUCGAUCGCCCAGGCCCACGUUGAAGCAGGAGAUAUCGCCAAAGCUACCGAAGCGUACGCCCUGGCAUACCAGACAUGCAUCAAUGUGUUUGGACCUGAGAGCAAGACCUCUGUCAUGUUCAAGGGGUUGGUGGACAAUACCCCUACGAAUGCUGCAGAGAUUGCCGCUGCGUAUGGCUUUGAUGUGGACGACGACGACGACGAGUAGUUGAUGGGUAUGUAUGGUGUACUAUGUACUACUAGUACUACUAGGGCAUGCGCGUUGGUUUCGAUCGAAGAAAAUGGCGAUAGUUAGUACCUAGAAGUCGUACACAACAAAUAACUUAAGACCGUAACUAUACAUAUGGGCGCAGUUCCGUGCCAACUUGGUUCCGUG